GACGGGUUCGCGCGACUCGUUUUUUUUUUUCUUUUUUGCAAAAUAUGUAUUUCUGUCGCCGCUGCGAGGCCGGUCGGUCCAAGAGCCCCUCGGACCUCGGGAAUGCGAAGUUAAAAGAAGCGCUGCGGCCACUGCGGCUCACUUUGUUACCCGGUUAGAAAAGUUUGCGGAGCGCAGGGGUGAACUAACCGGCUCUUCUGCUUCUCCCUCCCAGAGCCUAGAAGCCCGCAGCCCCGGAGCAGCGGCCGCGCGACGCCGGCCCCAGCGCGCAGGACCCUGCUGGCCCCGCCCGUCUGCCCCGGCUCGCGCCCGCCAUGUCCUACCCGCAGUUUGGAUACCCCUACUCUUCGGCUCCCCAGUUCUUGAUGGCCACCAACUCUCUGAGCACGUGCUGCGAGUCGGGCGGCCGCACGCUAGCGGAAUCCGGGCCCGCCGCCUCAGCCCAGGCGCCCGUCUACUGCCCGGUCUAUGAGAGCCGGCUGCUGGCCACCGCGCGCCACGAGCUCAACUCGGCCGCGGCGCUGGGCGUCUACGGGGGUCCCUACGGCGGAUCGCAGGGCUAUGGCAACUACGUGACCUACGGCUCGGAGGCGUCCGCCUUCUACUCGCUGAACAGCUUCGACUCCAAGGACGGGACAGGAUCUGCGCAUGCGGGCCUGGCGCCAGCCGCUGCCGCCUACUACCCCUACGAGCCAGCUCUGGGCCAGUACCCCUAUGACAGGUACGGCACCAUGGACAGCGGCACGCGGCGCAAGAACGCCACGCGCGAGACCACCAGCACGCUCAAGGCCUGGCUGCAGGAGCACCGCAAGAACCCCUACCCCACCAAGGGCGAGAAGAUCAUGCUGGCCAUCAUCACCAAGAUGACCCUCACGCAGGUCUCUACCUGGUUCGCCAACGCGCGCCGGCGCCUCAAGAAAGAGAACAAGAUGACGUGGCCUCCGAGGAACAAGUGCGCAGAUGAGAAGCGGCCCUACGCGGAGGGCGAGGAGGAGGAGGGGGCCGAGGAGGAUGUGCGGGAGGAGCCCCUCAAGAGCUCCAAGAACGCAGAGCCCGUAGGCAAAGAGGAGAAGGAGCUGGAGCUUAGUGACUUGGAAGACUUUGACCCGCUGGAAGCGGAGCCCCCGGGGUGCGAGCUGAAGCCGCCCUUCCAGUCCCUGGACGGCGGCCUGGAGCGUGUCCCCGCGGCACCUGAGGGCCCGGGCAAGGAGGCCUCGGGCGCUCUCCGGAUGCCUCUGGCCGCGGGUGGCGGAGCUGCUCUGGACGAGGACCUGGAGAGGGCCCGCAGCUGUCUUCGCAGCGCAGCGGCCGGGCCGGAGCCACUGCCGAGCACAGAGGGCGGCCCUCAGGCCUGCAAGACCAAGCUGGGGUUUGUGCCGGCGGGGGCGGCGGGCCUCGAGGCCAAGCCGCGCAUCUGGUCCCUGGCGCACACCGCCACAGCCGCUGCCGCCAGCGCCCUGAGCCAGACUGAGUUUCCGUCGUGCAUGCUCAAGCGCCAAGGCCCCGCGGUCCCUGCGGCUGCGUCCUCCGCGCCCGCCACGUCCCCGUCUGUGGCCCCUGUCCCCUCUGGUGCCCUGGACAGGCACCAGGACUCCCCGGUAACCAGCCUCAGAAACUGGGUGGACGGGGUCUUCCACGACCCUAUCCUCAGGCACAGCACUUUGAACCAGGCCUGGGCCACCGCCAAGGGCGCCCUCCUGGACCCCGGGUCUCUGGGGCGCUCGCUGGGGGCAGGCGCGAACGUGCUGACGGCACCUCUGGCCCGCGCCUUUCCGCCUGCCGCGCCCCAGGACGCCCAUGCUGCGGGCGCCGCCCGGGAGCUGCUCGCCCUGCCCAAGGCCGGCGGUAAACCCUUCGCCUGAAGCGGGCGGGCCUGAGCCCAGGAGGGAACCCGCACUCAGGCGGACGGCGCCAACUUUUUUUCCUGAGUUUCCAGAGGAAGACUUCUGAACUCGGACCCCUGGGAACAUGGACAAGCCCGGCGCUGCCACGCAGGGGCCUCCACCACCUGGGCCUGAGUCCCGGGCCAUUCCCAAACUCGCGACACGGAAGGAGAGGCUCUGGGGCAGAAGAGGCCACCCUGAGCAUAAAGUUUACGUGAAAAGUUUACAUGAGAAGGCGGUUCCGUUCUGAAGCGCGGUCAGCUGUCCUCCGGCUGAGGCACGCGGUGGUGGUUGUGAAGCCUCCUGGCCUGCCGGUCCUCCGAUUUCGUCCUCAGCACAUAACGCUCACCAACAGCACUUGCACUGACCUGACUCUUGCACACUCUUGACUCCAUAAUAUUAUGUUUUUUAAAAUGUAUGUUCACACUGCUUCAGAGGCUGAUAUAACAAAACCAAUAAAA